AUGGCUUCCGCUAUGACCUUCCCCCAGCAGCAGCAGCAGAGCCUGCCCAUCCAGACCACCAACUCUGGCGCCUCUGUUGACAACAACCUCCUCGCUGCCUUGGCCCAGUACGUCACUACUGGUGCUCACGCUCGCAGCACCACCGAGCAGGAGAUCCAGGACCUCGCUCAAGAUGCCAUCUCCAAGCCCGGCGGCCGUGCUCACCUUGAAGCUCUGAUUAGCUACGACUGCCCUGAUCACCAGGUCUGGAAGAACCAGGCUUCUGCUGAUGGUACCAUCACCAUCACCAAGACCAACCUCACCGUCAGCCUCGGAGUUAGCACUCUUGAGCUGAACUUUGAGGCUAGUGGUGCGGGUUUCUUUGUGCCCUACAGUGGCUCUCUCAACGUUGGCACUCUCUUCUACAACGAGUUUGCUCAGCUCGCCCCCGGCAAUGCCACCUUCAAGCUCUACGUGUCUGGACUCGAUUUCUAUGUCAGCAUCUACCGCAACCAGGUCUACAUUGGCAAUUUCCACUUCACCAACAUCACCUUUGUCUUCCCCCCUGGUGGUGUCAACCUGAACGGCAAGAUCAUCUAA